CUGAUUUAGGGAUGAGAGUGUUCUUGUCACAGUUUAGAUGCAUGGUUUGAUUCUUGUAAAACAGACAUAAUAAUCCUGUGUGCUGCUUCUGCAACGUCCCCUGCUAUGGAGCCCAAUAGGAGCCCUGAUGAGCUGCUCUUCUUUGUGAAUGGGAGAAAGGUUAUUGAGAAAAAUGCUGAUCCGAGAAUGACCUUACUGACCUAUCUACGGAGAAAAUUGGGAUUACCUGGAACCAAGUUGGGUUGCGGAGAAGGAGGGUGCGGGGCCUGCACUGUGAUGGUCUCACGAUUUAAUCAGUUCCAGAACAGGAUAGUACAUUAUUCAGUUAAUGCCUGCCUGGCACCCAUAUGUUCCCUGCAUCACACAGCGGUGACAACAGUUGAAGGUAUUGGGAGUGCAAAGACACGACUUCAUCCCAUUCAGGAAAGAAUUGCAAAGAGUCAUGGAUCUCAGUGUGGUUUCUGCACACCAGGAAUUGUUAUGUCUAUGUAUACCUUAAUCCGGAACACAUCAGAACCCACUAUGGAAGACAUUGAAAAUGCAUUCCAAGGGAAUCUAUGCCGUUGUACAGGAUAUCGGCCUAUACUUGAGGGGUUUAAGUCCUUUACUAAAGAAGGAUGUUGUGGCAAAAGGACAGAAAAUGGCUGCUGCAGAGAUACGAAUGGUGCAAAUGAGGAUAUUUCAGUGUCUUCAGCUCUAUUUGAUCCAUCUGAGUUCAAACCCCUGGACCCUACACAAGAGCCAAUUUUCCCACCGGAAUUGCUGAGUUAUGAAAAGCCUCCUCCAAAAUCGCUGUAUUUUAUGGGUGACAAUAUUAUGUGGCUCCAGCCUUCAAAUCUCGAGGAAUUAUUGGCACUCAAAGUUCAAUAUCCAGAUGCUAAACUGGUUGUUGGAAACACAGAGGUCGGUAUCGAAACAAAGUUCAAGAAUAUGCAGUACCCAGUGAUCAUUGCCCCAGGCCUGGUUCCAGAAUUAAAUAUUAUUGAACAUAAGGAAGAAGGGAUCUACUUUGGAGCAGCAUGUAGUUUGUCCACCAUGGAAGAGGUGCUCAGAGAAGCAGUGGCUCAUCUCCCAGCUUACAAAACAGAAGUGUUCCGAGGAGCCUUGGAGCAACUGAGGUGGUUUGCAGGGCAGCAGAUACGUAAUGUAGCAGCGGUAGGAGGUAAUAUUAUGACAGCGAGUCCGAUAUCUGAUCUGAACCCUGUCUUCAUGGCAAGUGGCACUAAACUACAUUUAAUUUCAAAAGACAGCACCAGAAUGGUCCAGAUGGAUGAGACGUUUUUCACUGGAUACAGAAAGACAGUAUUGAAGCCUCAGGAAAUUCUGCUUUCCAUUGAGAUUCCAUAUUCCAGAAAGUGGGAGUACUUCUCAGCCUUCAAGCAGGCGUCAAGGCGGGAGGAUGACAUUGCCAUAGUAACAAGCGGGAUGAGGGUUCUGUUCAAACCUGAAAGCCACCAGGUGGAGAGCAUUCGGCUGAGUUACGGAGGAAUGGCCCCCAUCACUGUUAUGGCAAAGAACACUUGCACGGAGCUUGCUGGGAAAUAUUGGGAUGACAAACUCUUGCAAACGGCAUGUCAGCUUCUCGCUAAAGAGAUGGCGCUGUCGCCUAGUGUGCCAGGGGGAAUGGUAGAAUAUCGGCAAAUUCUGACUCUCAGCUUUUUCUUCAAGUUUUACCUCACAGUGCACAAGAAGCUGGCACUUGAUCUAAAUGGAAAUAACAAUUUUGUAGAGACCAUCCCUCCUAAAUAUGAAAGCGCCACAGAAUUAUUCCAUAAGUCUCAUGCAUGCAGCGUGCAGCUCUAUCAGGAAGUUCCAGAAGGACAGAAAGAGGAAGAUAUGGUUGGACGACCCAUGGUCCACCUUUCAGCUACAAACCAAGCAACAGGAGAAGCUGUGUACUGUGAUGAUGUGCCCCAUUAUGAAAAUGAACUUUAUUUAGUGCUAAUAACAAGCACCAAGGCACAUGCGAAGAUCAUUUCAAUUGACACAGAGAAAGCUGCGCUCACGCCAGGAUUUGUUCGAUUCCUGUUCGCUAAAGAUGUCCCAGCCAGUAAUGUAACGGGAAUUGCACAUGACGAAACCAUAUUCGCUGAAGAUGUGGUAACAUGCGUCGGACACGUUAUUGGCGGUGUUGUUGCAGAUACGCAAGAGAAUGCACAAAGGGCGGCUAAACUUGUGAAGGUCUCUUAUGAAGAUCUUAAACCCAUUGUCACCAUACAGGAGGCAAUAGAACAAGAGUCAUUUUAUAAACCCAUAAAGAAGAUAGAGAAUGGCGAUAUCGACAAAGGUUUUAAAGAAGCAGAUCACAUUUUAGAAGGAGAGAUCUAUAUAGCGGGGCAGGAGCAUUUCUACUUGGAAACAAACUGCUCCAUUGCCGUUCCCAAGGAGGAAGAUGGAGAAAUUGAAUUGUUUGUCUCCACACAGAAUGCAACCAAGACACAGAACUUUGUUGCAAAAGCUCUGGGGGUUUCAUCAAACAAGAUUGUGGUGCGAGUAAAGCGUAUGGGAGGUGGUUUUGGAGGAAAGGAGUCGAGAAGCACCGUUGUAUCAACAUCCAUUGCCGUAGCUGCACAUAAGACUGGGCGCCCCGUUAGAUGCAUGCUAGAUCGGGAUGAAGAUAUGUUGAUAACGGGGGGCAGACACCCCUAUCUGGGGCGCUAUAAGGUUGGAUUCAAGAAAAAUGGGAAAAUAACUGCUCUAGAUAUUUGUUACUAUGCAAACGCGGGCAACUCUGAAGAUCUUUCCCAUGGGAUUAUCGAUAGGACAUUGUUCCACAUGGACAACUCAUACAAAAUCCCCAACAUUAGAGGGCGUGGAUUUUUAUGUAAGACCAACUUGCCUUCCAAUACUGCAUUCCGUGGUUUCGGGGGACCUCAGGGCAUGCUGGUUGCAGAAGCGUGGAUGAGUGACAUUGCCCAGACUUGUGGCCUUCCAGCAGAACAAGUGAAACAGCUGAACCUAUACAGUGAAGGAGACCUGACCCACUUUAACCAGAAGCUGGAGAGCUGUACCAUUCGCAGAUGUUGGGAAGAAUGUCUGAAACAAGCAAAUUACCAGGAGAGAAAAUAUUCUAUUGAAGAAUUCAAUAGGCAACACAGAUGGAAGAAGAGGGGAAUUGCAAUUGUUCCAACAAAGUUUGGGAUCAGUUUUACUGUGGCCUUCUUAAAUCAGUCAGGGGCUUUGGUUCAUGUGUACACGGACGGAUCAGUUUUAUUAACACACGGCGGAACUGAAAUGGGGCAGGGACUUCACACCAAGAUGGUCCAGGUUGCCAGUAAGGCCCUAGGAAUCCCAACCUCUAAGAUAUUUAUAAGUGAGACAAGCACCAAUACUGUACCCAACACGUCCCCAACAGCAGCAUCUGUCAGCUCGGACCUGAACGGAAUGGCAGUAUUUAAUGCCUGUCAGAAAAUUUUGCAGAGGCUAGAACCUUAUAAAACCGCUAAUCCUAAUGGGCCGUGGGAAUCCUGGAUCUCUGCCGCUUACCUGGACAGAGUGAGCCUCUCAGCCACAGGAUUUUAUAAAAUUCCUGGCAUUGGUUACGAUAUGGAGAAGAAUGAGGGGAGACCAAGUAAUUAUUUCAGCUAUGGAGCUGCCUGCUCUGAAGUGGAGAUUGACUGCCUGACGGGAGAUCACAAGAAUUUACGCACAGACAUAGUCAUGGAUGUAGGAACGAGCCUCAACCCUGCGAUCGAUAUAGGUCAGGUUGAAGGUGCAUUUGUCCAAGGCCUGGGGCUCUUCACCUUAGAGGAGCUGAAAUAUUCUCCAGAUGGGAUUCUAUACACUCGCGGCCCUGGAAUGUACAAGAUUCCGGCAUUUGGCGACAUCCCCAUCGAAUUCAACGUGUCGCUUUUACGCAACUGUCCAAACGAUAAAGCAAUCUACUCCUCCAAGGCUGUUGGAGAACCUCCCCUUUUCUUGUCGUCCUCCAUAUUUUUUGCUAUAAAAGAAGCGAUCGCAGCAGCAAGAGCAGAAUCGGGAAUUACUGGCACAUUUAGACUGGAUAGUCCCGCCACACCAGAACGGAUCCGCAAUGCCUGCGUCGAUGACUUCACUAAACUGUGCCCAGUUCCAGAACCAGGGACAUUUGUACCCUGGGCCGUUAGAGUGUAACUCUCUGGGACCAUCCAAUGCUCUCUGAAACCACAUGUCUGACCUGACACCAUGAGUCUAAAGAAUCACAUCGUACAUUUUAUCAGCCGGAUCAACAAAUCUCUUCUCAUCUAAAGGAUUUAUUUUCCGACUUAAAACAAGGGAAUCGCUUUACUGACAAAGUGUAUUUAUAAGUUUGUGGGCAAACAUAGGGUCUAAUCCUGUUGCUGCUAGACCUGUAGAUUCUCAUUACCAACCAUUUUCAGCUGAGGUGCCCCUUGUCACAUUAAUUCUAACCCUUUGAGCCAUAGGCCAUGCCCCUUUAUCAUAUACUGGCCUGUGGAAGGUGCCAGGGAGAUUGUUGUUAGUCUGAGAACAACGGCAGCUAAGGCAAGGCUGAAAGUGAGUCAAGAGGGAAAUAAUUCUUUAUUCAUCUUGUAAUAUUCCCAUUGCAUUUAUCCAGCAAGAAAAACCUACUGAUAUUCUCUCCCCUACUCAUCCUCCUUGCACACAGUAUAUAGUUCCCAUGUGCAUUUCUGUCUUGCAAGCAGAAUCCCUCAAAUAUAAACUUGGCGCACAAAGUUAUUGUGGAACUUUAUAGACAAAUACCUGACAUUAAUGUGAUUGUAUCAUGAGGACUGAAUCAAUCGUGAUGUGACUGUGUCAUUCCCAGUGCUAAUAAAGUAUUGCCUGUACCUCGUCAGAAUGCAAUUCAAAUAAAAAGGAAUCUGAAAACAA